CUGUAAGCCAUAACUACAUCAAUAUUAUGUACGUCAGUGAAAAAAAGUACGUAAUUAUUCCUAGCUCCUCCAGAAUUUCAUCAUGAGUCUUUUCAAUUUCUCGAAUAAGAUGGUUCACACACUUCAACAACUCAAUUCGCAGAGUCAAGAUGCUUCUAUCAAGAGCUAGAAUAACUCCGACAUGUAGGACACUGCUUUCAUACCGUAGUGUCUCUACAUUGAGCAAUAAUCCGUAUAUAAAAGUCUUUCCUAAUGCUUCGAUAAGCAAUGGCCACUUGCUUACCUACCUUGAUACAAACCCGCCGAGUCACAGGCUAGCCAUUGGCUCUACUACGUCACUCCCGCCAACACCGCAAUCUUUCUCCGAGAACCGUGAAUUCUUCUCUAUCUUAAUGGAAGUCCUCCAUAAACAUGCUGCACAAGAUCCAAAUCUUAUUUCCCAAGCCCAGGCCUUAGCCGGACCAGGUGGAGCAACGCUUGGUUCAGGCGGUGCCUUCUUUCCUCAGCAACGAAAGCAGCGGCAUACAAAAGGGAAUGCUGCCGGAUUAGGGGGAGGAGGCGGCGCCGGUGGCGGUGGUGGCGGAGGAGCAAGUGCUCAAGGAGGCGCUGGCGGUGCAGGAGUAGGAGGACAUGUCCAUCUUAGUGACCUAAGGAACCCACCCGACUAUGGCCGAAUUGCGUGGCCCGAAGAUAUACUCGGCAGCAUCGAGGUUGAUUCAUCUGGAAACAUUGUAGGAGAGUUCCAGCCCAGCGGCACUUACCGCAUUAUCACCAACGAGGGGAUCUUAGGCCUCAGCGACUUUUUAAGGACGAAACUUGUUGAGAGGUUGAAGGAGGAGGAGAGAACAUGAUAAAACCAUGCCUACCUAGGUAAUCAGCGGUAUAAACAUCAGGGGUCUCGUCUGUAAGAUAGCAUCUGCGCUCCUCCUUUAGGAACUCCCCUCAAGAACGAGAAAGCGUAGACUUCUCCCGUACCCAAGUAUAGAACCAAAUUCUACAUAGCUCCAUACAUGAUCUAUAAAAACAAAGGGACAAAGGACGAUAUUUAAAAGUAGCCCGGUAUCCAAUUGUAUGACACAUACAUACUGUACCUUUACUAUCAUACCUACCUAUGUACUUAUCCAUGAACAUUAAUAGCAAGUAAUAAGGAACUCCACAA